AUGCUUGAUAUAGCCAGUAUCGAGUCGUUUCUCGAGCGCUAUGGCUGGCCGAUUACGUUUUUCACCAUUGCCGUCUGCUACGUUUGGAACAAAUUCAUUAGAGACGUUGUAGCCGAACAGAAUGAGGAACGAAAACGCGAAGAGCAGCAGAGAUUUAAUGAAGCUGUUGCUGAAAAAGAGGCUGAAAGAAUUCGGCUCGUGCGCGAAGCUCAACAAAAUCAAUACAACGAAAUCGAAGCAAAGGAGAAAAUCAAAAGAGAGCUUCUUGAAAAGGAGAGGCUGGAAAAAUUGCUCAAGGAGUAUGGCGACCAAGAUAAUAGAGUUGGAUAUCUUGACAAGAAACUGAAGGAAAAGCUUCCACAAGAUAAUGAAAAACGCUCACCACAGCAAAUCCUUGACAAUUUUAUUGCAUCCAAGCCAAUUGUGGUGUUCACAAAAUCAUUUUGUCCAUUUUCCCGAAAGGUGAAACAACUAAUUGCAACCUAUAAAUUUGACCGCAGCGUCUAUGAGUUUGUCGAUCUCGACGAUCCCGAGGAGAAUCUUCCCGCUGAUGAAAUCCAGCAAAUUCUUGAGGCCAAAUACGGCAGAAAAGCUGUUCCCCAAAUGUUCGUCAAUGGCGACUACGUUGGCGGACUCGAGGAAAUUCAACAAUUGAGCCGAGAUAAUUCUUUUGAGAAGUUCUUGCAAUAG